AUGAACAUACGCCUCGCGUUUGCUGUGGUUUCAUCAGCUUGCUGGUCCGCCUUCCAACAUGGAUACAAUACAGGAGUCAUCAACGCUCCACAAGCGGUAAUGACUGAGUGGCUCCAUAAAGAAGCACUGACUGGCACUAACAUCACAUUACCAGCAAAAGACGACCCUAAAGUGACUACAAUAUGGUCUAUAACUGUGGCGAUAUACUGCGUGGGUGGUAUGAUUGGUGGGGUCCUAACUGGAGUGAUUGCUGAUCGAUUUGGCAGGAAAGGUGGCUUGCUGCUGAACAAUGGCUUGGUGUUCCUGGCAGCAGCAUUAGAAGGCAGUUCGAAGAUCGCCAACUCCGCUGAACUCCUGAUCUUGGGCAGAUUGCUUAUUGGUGUGAACAGCGGCUUAAAUGCUGGCCUUGCGCCCUUAUAUUUAGCGGAAAUAUCACCCGUGUCACUGCGCGGUUCGAUCGGCACCGUGUACCAACUCGUUAUAACUAUAACUAUCCUGCUCUCACAAGUACUCGGUCUGGAGGCGAUACUGGGAACCGAGUACGGCUGGCCAUGGCUAUUGGCCAUAACUGCCCUACCGGCUGCCAUACAAUGCGCCACUUUACCACUGUGCCCUGAGUCGCCGAAGUUCUUACUGCUCAAUAAGGGUCAGGAGUUGCACGCUCAGAGAGCUCUAAACUGGUUGAGAGGUGAUGUUGCUGUGCACGGAGAGAUGGAAGAAAUGCACCAGGAAGCGGAGAAAAACAAAGUGAGCAAAAAAGUGACGUUCCGCGAACUGGUGAGCAACCGGCAGCUGCGGCAGCCUCUGCUGAUCGCCCUGGUGGUGAUGCUGGCCCAGCAGCUCUCCGGGAUCAAUGCGGUCAUCUUCUUCUCGACGGAUAUCUUCAUGAAGGCCAAUUUAAACGAGAGCCAGUCACAGUACGCUACUUUGGGCAUGGGCGCCAUGAAUGUUGUGAUGACGGUGAUCAGUUUGGUGCUGGUGGAAAUAGCCGGGAGGAAGACCUUACUCCUCACUGGGUUUUCGGGCAUGCUUGUCUGCUCCAUAUCCUUGUGUAUUGCGAGCUUAUACACUGACCUUGUGUGGGUGUCGUACCUGUGCAUAAUUCUGGUGAUACUGUUCGUGGUGAUGUUUGCGGUGGGACCGGGUUCCAUUCCCUGGUUCCUCGUCACUGAACUUUUCAACCAAGCGGCUAGACCGGUUGCGUCUUCGGUAGCCGUGACUGUCAACUGGACGGCCAACUUCAUUGUUGGACUCAGUUUCUUGCCUCUGUCCCUCGUCCUCGGCAUGAACACCUUCAUAAUCUUCGCGGUUCUCCAGUUCCUGUUCAUCGUGUUCAUAAGCUUCAAGGUCCCGGAGACCAAGAACAGGACGGUGGAGGAGAUCACCGCCAUGUUCCGACAGCAGAUGUGA